CACUCUCCAUUCAUUAUUACGUGCCACCGGCGGUAACUCGAUUUCAUGUGCCCCCCCUGCCCCAACUCGGUACGCCUCGCCACUAGUUUAUUGGCAGGAUCUGGUUCCCAGAUAACCCCUAUCUAGGGGCCGGGGCAGAUGUAAAGGGUUUGCAAGCUCAAACCAAGAUGCAGGGCCCUAUAAACCGACCUAGACCGACCAGAACGUGACGGGUUCCCAUCUCUGUCGGUACACUGUCCGUUAUAUAGUAUGUAAGCUGGUAUGACGAGCUCGAGGAGACAGCCUCGAGGGUGCCUGUGGUGAUUGCGGGAUACACCGUCCCCAUCAUCUGCAUGGUGUUGAGCACCGGUUUACGAUUCGUCGUCAAAGCUCGCGGUCUAUCGGAAGAUCGGUUGCAUGUAGAUGACUACCUUAUCACUCUGGCCACGGGGCUGGAGGUAGCGUACAGCAUCAUUAUGCUAUCCGGCGGCGUGGGAAACGGUUUUGGAAAACAUGCUUCGACCCUCACAACUAGCGAGAAGGAGGCCUUUUUGAAGGCUGAUUACAUCGCCAGUCACCUCUACAAUGUAGGCCUUGCCAGUGUCAAACUCGGCAUCCUCACCUUGUAUUAUCGCAUUUUCGCCAUCCCAUGGUUCCGCAAAACGGUAAUCGACUGUGGUGCUUUUGUCUGCCUCUGGAUUGCGACCAUUGAGAUCUUCAUGGGCCUACUUUGUCGGCCUCUGGAGGCUUUCUGGAACGCCAGUGUCAAAGGCCAUUGCUUCAACUCCAGUGCCCUGUCAUACUACGUGAACACCUUCAACAUGGUUACCGACAUUGUCAUAUUUGCCCUACCAAUUGGAGUCAUUGUGCGACUCCGUACAACUCGAAGCAACAAAAUUGCGCUCUGCAUUAUCUUCUCAAUUGGAUUCGUGACCUGCGGAAUCAGCGCUGCUCGUCUAGCCUUCGUCUUUGCCCAGACAUCCUCAGACGUCACCUGGGACGGUGUCGACCUCGGCGUCCUAACCGGUUUCGAAUCGCUCGGCGGAAUUCUCUGCGCCAACCUCCUCAUCAUCUACCGCCUCCCCGCGCCCCGUCUGCCGUAUGGUCAUGAGUCCAAAAGCUUCGCCUCCCGCUCCCGUCCUCGUCGCCAUCGCCUUAGCGACACCGGCAGUGAGCAGUGGAUUCAACUGCAGAACGGGAACUCGUCGAAUGACAACCAUCUUUCUAGCAAGAGCUCGGCGGAUUUCACCGUCCAGAAGGUAGUAGACAUGGAGACGGGAACAGAAAUAGUGCGUCUGGACACCAUGCCGGGUAAUGCUAUCACCGUCCGGAGAGAUUUUCAUCAGGUGAUAGAGGAAAACCGUUGA